CCGCCCAGCAACAGCGACCAAGACCCGGAUGUUAAAAAAAAACAAAAAAAAAACAAGGACGCAAUGAUUACUGAAAGCAAGAAGGAACCUCUGGAGCCGCUCUGAUGUCAUCAACUGGAAUGUACCACCAUACGCAAUCAAAACAGGGGAGAUCUGAAGCAGGUUUUAUUUAUUUGUUUCCGUAGGAAUCGAAGUUUUAAAGGAUAAAGUAACCCCAGGAAAUGUAUCGUUGGAUUGUUAAUAGAAAAUGUAAAGUGAACUUUGGAACAGAAGAGUGCGCGAUGUGGAGAAAUCUGCCGGUUCCGUGUCGGUCCCCAUUUUGCUGAAUGGAGGGUUCCGGGUAAAGCAGGUCGACGUUGAUCUCCGUUAAAAACAAAAACAAGCGCUUCUGGCAGACGGCCCGCUGUGUUGGAGUGGUAGGGCUGUCACGGAGCGGAGAGACUGGUUACGGUGUACGGUCGCACAUUUGCCGGUACCGAGUUCCUUGGGGCCAAAGGCUAUUGAGGAGUUGGGCCUAGGUUCUAGGGGCCCUAUAUUUGGAUCGGUGUGGCGGGGGCCGGUCCGGCCCGAGCCGAGGAGCUGUUACUGUUGCUGUCUGAGGAAGAGGAGGCUGCGGUCCCGGGGCCCCCCCGCCCCGCUACACUGGGCCCUGCCACCUCCUAUUCCGGGGAUAUGGAUCAGUGCGUGACGGUGGAGCGGGAGCUGGAGAAGGUGCUUCAGAAAUUCGGGGGGUAUGGACAGCACUGCGAGCGGAGCCUGGAGGAGCUGAUCGAGUAUGCGGGGGGACUGAGGAGGGAGAUCCUGCAGGCCUCAGACCAAGAAGGGGAGCUGUCCGGGACGUUAUCGCUUGUGCUCACCCAGUGCUGCAAACGGAUUAAAGACACGGUGCAGAAGCUGGCCUCUGAUCACAAAGACAUUCACAGCAGCGUGUCCCGGGUGGGGAAAGCCAUCGAUAAGAACUUUGAUGCGGACAUCAGCGGUGUUGGGAUCGAUGGGUGCUGGCAGACGGACAGCCAGCGGCUGCUCAGCGAGGUGAUGGUGGAGCAUUUCUUCCGGCAGGGAAUGCUGGAUGUGGCAGAGGAGCUAUGCCAGGAAGCUGGUCUUUCUAUAGAUGCGAGCCAGAAAGAACCCUUUGUGGAGUUAAACCGGAUAUUAGAGGCAUUAAAAGUCAGAGUGCUCCGACCUGCCUUAGAGUGGGCCGUAGCAAACCGAGAGAUGCUGAUGGCUCAGAACAGCUCGCUGGAAUUCAAAUUACACCGAUUAUACUUCAUUAGCUUAUUAAUGGGAGGAACGGCAAACCAAAGGGAGGCGCUGCAGUACGCCAAAAACUUCCAGCCUUUUGCUGUAAAUCAUCAAAAAGAUAUCCAGGUUCUUAUGGGUAGUCUUGUGUACCUGAGACAGGGCAUAGAGAACUCCCCGUACGUUCAUCUGCUCGAUGCGGAUCAGUGGGCAGACAUCUGCGACAUCUUCACCCGGGACGCCUGCGCGCUGCUGGGUCUCUCUGUAGAGUCACCUCUGAGUGUCAGCUUUUCGGCGGGAUGUGUGGCACUUCCAGCUCUUAUUAACAUUAAAGCAGUAAUUGAACAGAGGCAAUGCACUGGUGUGUGGAACCAGAAAGAUGAAUUACCGAUUGAGGUGGACCUUGGUAAAAAAUGCUGGUAUCAUUCUAUAUUUGCCUGCCCCAUCCUUCGCCAACAAACAACCGACAAUAAUCCUCCGAUGAAACUAGUUUGCGGGCACAUUAUUUCCAGAGAUGCUCUGAAUAAAAUGUUCAAUGGUAGCAAAUUAAAAUGCCCGUAUUGUCCCAUGGAGCAGAGCCCAGGAGAUGCCAAGCAGAUCUUUUUCUAAACUGAUGGAUUCCU